AUGAAGCCAUUUCUUAGGAGGGGAGCGCUGUCGGGAUUGGCUGUGGUAUUCAUUCUAUUAUGCGUGAUGCUCAAUCCUCUCGUUAAGGCUGAUAUUUAUUUGCAUAAUCCAAGAGGAUCCAACGAUAGAAAUUGCGAAUUCAAUGCCAAUAGAAAUAACGCUAACCGUUUAUUUGAUAGUCAGAACAACGCAGCUGGAGGAUAUGCUUGUCCGAGAAAAAUAGGAGGACCGGAUGUCAUUACUCCUACCAUGUAUUACUAUGUAGGAAGUAUACUUCCAAUCGAAUGGACCGCACAACACUCCUGCGGUUUUAGGAAUACUUUUUGCAAUAUAGUUAUUCAAUACAUGUGUGAUGAUACUUCACCUGGUUUGAGAGAUGGAACUCCAGAAUCUGAGAACGACCCAGCGACAGACACAAUUGAUGAGAAGAAUAACAACAAUACUCGCUAUGGAAUGCAUGAGCCUAUGGAGUACUACAAGAAAUGCAACACCAGACGAAGAAACAAUGGAUUGUAUUUAGCCGACCAGAAGCAACAAAAUCCAGGGUUCUUACUUCCAACAAGUCCUGCAACUCGCACAAGGCAGAAUCCCAACGGAGCAAGACAUGGAUGGGAGUGUCCCGAAGAACGAGAUUAUUAUCCUUAUUGGCAUCCAACACCUUGGAAAGAUAUAGCCGUCUUCACACACAACACUUCCAUGUGUGAAUGGUAUCAAGCGAAUUCGGAAAAUGUAGUGGGACGAUAUGAAUGUCUCACCAGGGAUGGUAAUCCAACUGUGUACAAUGGAGAACAGGAUUGUAUCAGUGAAGGCCAUUCAUGGAUUCUGUCGAACCCACACAACGUUAAUCCGCCAGAGUGUCUUUCUACUGAUCUAAUACAGACACGAGACAAUCAUUUGGGAAGCGCUGUAGAUGUGUCUUUGGCAGGUGCUGCAGCUGCUUCACAAAUGUCAGCACAGUCAAUCACUCCUCAAUUGGCAAGAUAUUACUGGGCUGUUCCAAAUGAUGUUCACGAACGAUGCGUUUUGAGAGUCAGAUAUAAUAUCACCACAAUGGAGUUUCAUCCAUUCGAAACAGAUUCCAAAUCAAAUUAUCCUAAUCAUCCUUUGAGGCAAGAUCCUUUCGAAACAUUUGGGUAUCCAAACUAUUUGUCUUUGGCAAUUAAUACUCACCAAUACGGAAGAACAUUUCAAGACCGAAGCUAUGUAUUCAGAAUCAAAGCUCGACCACCAAACAUUCCUGCAUGGGCAACCAUAUAUAACUUGAACGUUCGAGGAAAGAGAGGAAACAUUGUACAAACGUUCCCUUCAACAGAGUAUGAUUUUGUCCCAAGUUAUUUGGAGGCCAAAGGUGGUGAUUUUCUUCACAUCCAAUGGACUGGUUCAGACUACAAUCCCCAAAGAAAUCCCAACGACGCCGAAGGAGCACCAAACACUGGUGACAGAAGCAACCUUGUUCAAGCAGACUUUGCUGGCCAAAAUUUCCCAAGAAACAUGUCCAGAGUUACUAUGUUUUUGAACAACGACGGAAAGCCUGAUUAUGAGUUUAUCCUUAGGUUGGCAUUUAUCGAUCAAAACAUUUAUAAUACAUCUGAGUGUAUGGACUGGCAAAGUUUGUUAGACAAGAAUGGUGGAAAUAAGAAUAAGGCUGAACAAGAUAUCAACAACUGUGCAAAGCUGAAUAAUGCGCCAAAUGGCCCUUAUUUUGAUGCUGGUCUUCACGAAUUGAAAGCAAAUGGAGUAUUUGCCUAUAUGUGCACCAGAAAUAAUAACUUCUCUAACAGAAGUCAAAAAGGAUUACUGGUUGUUACAGGUGCAAAAUUUAACGGUGCUAUUGGUCCACAAUUCUCUGUCACACUUCUUGUUUUAGUAUUAAUAAUUAGUAGUUUAAUAAUGUAG